UUAGUCCGCUUCUUCACCUCGCGUAAAUUUGUUCAACGGUUUUAAGUCCUCCGUGAUCUUAUCGCGCCUUUAAUGUUUAGUGUGGACUUUUUGUAUAUCAGCGUUUAUUUUUGCUUACAUCGGAUCUCGCGAGUGCCGCAGCUUUUGUUUCAGGGUUACGACCCCAAAUAUACGGGAUACACACGCAGGACAUAUUCUGGUAGGAAAACGUUAGGUAUUCUGCGGGAACUUUACCUCAUAUGGUAGAAUGAUGCAGUCAUGUGCAGUUUGUUUAUGGCCUCGUGGAAUAGAGCUUUGGUGGCGAGUCUUCUAGUACUAAUGUGCAGGAUAACACAGGCUACUACAACUUGCCCCGACCCCAAAACCAUCCUGCCAUGUAUCUGCAGCGCAAACGAGCAGGAGAUCCAAGUUUGGUGUGGUCAAAGUGAGCUAAGCCGGAUUAUGGAGGCGCUAAAGGCUCUGACGUCGCUGCAGGCUCCAAUCGACGAAUUAAUCUUCGAGAAUAACGUGAUGCCGUCGCUGCCUGGGCAGGUCUUCAUGCCGCUGAAGAUAGUGCGGCUCAUGAUUCGAGACAACGGUCUCGAGCGGGUCUCCUCCAACUGGCUCCUUGGCUUGGAGACCUCCCUUCUGGAGCUAUACAUCGUCGAGCCUGGCCUCCGAAGCCUCCCCGACGACAGCCUCUCGACCCUCCCCAAGCUCGAAGCCAUCACGCUCAAUGUUGGGGCUGUCAAGCAGAUACCCUCUAUGGCUGGCCUAGCUAGGCUCAGAUACAUCUAUAUUCAGGCUCCGGAGGUGACAGAGAUAUCGAGUCAGCUGUUCAUCAGCUUGCCGUACUUAGAGCAGAUCCACGUGGUUUCGAGCCCGAAAAUCUCGCGGCUGGACCAGGGGCUCUUAUCGGACCUUCCGCGGCUGACGCUCAUCAACAUGACCCGCUGCGGGCUCUCGUGGCUUCACCCGCGCGCUUUCGCCCGGCUCCCGGCCCUCGUAGAAUUGGCUCUCGUCGGCAACCGCUUCGCCAGCGCCCGCACCGUCGGCGCCGCCGUCCGCGACCUUCCUGUUCUCUCCACAAUCCGCCUGGACGAAAACGAGAUUACACAGGUAGAGGAGGGGGCAUUCGUCGACAUCCCUUCGCUACGGCAUCUUAGCUUGACACGGAACCGAAUCUUAGGGGUACAGCGAGGCGCAUUCUACCGGACGCCGCUACUGCGCUCCAUCGACUUGAGCCAUAAUCAGGUGCAGAUAAUUCACGCCGAGAGCUUCAUCCCGCUGUCGGAUGACAACGUGGAGGAGAUGCGGCUGUCGUACAAUCAGAUAGAGCACGCACUUACUCUACGCUCUAUCUUGGACGCGCUGCCGAGGCUAAGGCUACUAGAUUUAAGCCACAACCGCAUUGUAGAUAUUCUGUUCGGGACUCUCCGAGGGCAUCCCACUCUGGAGAUACUCCUGCUGAAUGAUAAUCAAAUUACUCGGAUCGGCCAAGAAGCACUUUCUGGGAUGCCAUCACUCCGGGAGCUUAAUCUUAGGAAUAAUUCACUUACUAGUCAUUUGGACUUCCCCAUAUGGAACUUGCCCUCUCUCAAGGGUGUAGAUCUGUCCCACAACCGAAUCAGGCGUAUAGAUAGGCGGGUCAUGGCGAAUCUACCAUCUCUUAGACGGGUGGAUUUGAGUUAUAACACUCUUGCCCUCGCCGACUCUGGAGCUUUUUUGGGAAAUCCAGCCCUAGAGAUAGUCAACAUGUCACACAACUCCCUUGUCUCCCUCAGCCACGCGCCAUUUGCUCACCUUGUCAAUUUAUAUGAGCUCGAUGUCAGCUAUAAUAGGCUCAAGGAGUUCAUCAUAGGAUUGCCUCAAGGAUUAGAGUUUUUAAGAAUAGCUCGGAAUCAAAUCACUGCCUUUCCAAGGCCGCCCGCUCCUGAAAUGAAUCUUGUCAACCUGAAAUUCAUGGAUAUUUCAGGCAACGGUUUGCAUCACAUACCCACGGGUAUGAUGAAGUCUUUGAAGAAGCUUCGGUGGCUCAACGUGGGGGAUAACGCCUUAACAACGCUUGAUGACCAGGCACUGAAAGGACUUAGCUCGCUCGAGGCGCUUGAUUUGCGCAAUAACCGCUUGCUCAGUAUUCAUCCAAUGGGUUUAUCUCAUCUACACAAUUUGUCCGAACUCAGUUUACGAGGCAACAGGUUGGAAACCAUAGAGGCGUUGCUGCUGAAAUCGAACCCCCGCCUAAGACGACUCGAUCUCAGUCGAAAUCAAAUUUCCGAACUCAAUUCCAUGCAUCUCACGAACAACAAGGAGAUCGAGGAGCUUUACGUGGCGAACAACGCUCUUUCUUCGUUUCCGGAGUCGUUGUAUGUUUUGCCGAGUCUACGGACAUUGGACCUGAGCCACAACCGACUUCAGCGGAUGUCUCCCACUGACUUAGUAAACGUCACUAGCCUAGCUCAGCUUCACCUGGCACGUAAUAAACUUCGCAACAUCAAAGAAAACUCUUUCCGCGACCUACCAAACCUCACCAUUUUGGACCUGGAGAGCAACGAGUUGGAGUUCCUCUCACCACACGCCAUUCGAUCACUCCCCCGCCUCAGAGCAGUCUCCCUUGCCAGGAACAAACUGAGGAGCUUGCCUUCGGCGGCGCUGACGAACCUCCCAGAGCUGGAAACACUGGAGCUCCAGGAGAACUUGCUGAGUGACAUCGCAAGUGACGCUUUUACGGCCACGCCGAGAAUUCUCAUGCUCAACCUCAGCCACAACCAGCUCGGUGGUAUGGAAAAAGCUGGCCUCCAGCCCCUCCGCUCCAUCGAGCUCCUUGAUCUAUCCAACAAUCUCAUCUCACACUUCUCUGCCAAGGCCAUGCCACCCAUGGACUCCCUCAUCAUGCUCAAGCUUGACAACAAUCGAAUUUGCGGCAUCGAGGGGAGCCCACUUGACCACAUGUCACAGUUGCGAUACUUCAGCAUCCGAGACAACAAGCUGACGUCAUUCCCCGAGAAUACUUUUGGAAACUUGCGUACCAACAUCGCCUCACUGGACAUUGAAGGGAACCCUUUGCGAUGUUCGUGCGGAGUGCUGUGGCUACAAGCCUGGUUGCGAGAGAGCUCUCAAGAGGGACCACGGUGUGCAGACGGAUCCUUACUCAGAGAUUUUCGGCUGGAGCGUCAAGAAUGCCGGGAAGAAAACCAGGACCCGGGUCCGGGAUGUCCUCCUCCUAAGGCGCCCCCUGGCUCCUCUCAGUCGAUGUCGGCCUGGAACGAAAUUAAUGCCUCGACGCAUAUCACGCAGCGACCAUUCCACUUGAAACCACUGCCCGAAGACACAGACUACUUCGAUAAAGGGUUUGUUGACCUGCCGAUUCAUAACGUGCCAGCCUUAUCCCCCCAUGUCAACCACAGCCACAUUCCCACAAGCGGGCACUCGUACCAAACUUCAGUUGAGCAUGCAACGUCGCAGCCUCCGCAUUCCUUAGCGGAACUCUCCUCCUCAGAAAUUCCCCCCGAAGUGCUCUCCCACUAUAUUCCUGGCGACACGCCUACGCUUUACGCUGGGACGCGUCCACACCCGCCAACCAACUCUCACUCCAACCCUCACGCUCAUCUCAAUGUCACACCGCCCACGCGCCCGACUCCACUGAAGAGCAAUACGACCGCCAACCCCAGCGGCACAUUCUCCUUCUUUGGGGUGCCCAUUCCGCCUCUAAACUUGGGAAACUUCUGGAGUACCACCAGGAAUGAUCGAGGAAGAUUCAACGAUGGGCGCAAAAAUAAGGGAUCAACUACGAAUGACCCGACGAACAUUCCCAACGGUCCACCACGAAUCAGACCACCUGAUCCACCAGAUAUUCAAGAGGGUGGGUUCAUUCCGAUGUUGCUGGGCGGAAACCGCGGUUUCCGACCGAUACUGCCGGUUUCUACGAACGUGACAAUGUCUCAUCGCAUUAAAAACUACGAAAAGGCGUCUAUCAACUACACCGCCUACGAGAAUCCCAAGCAACACAGCGACUAUGAUCAACUCGGUGCGUUAACGGACCACUCACCAGCAACUCCUACUAUUCCCAACUCCCACGGUCCUCCACAGCUCUCUGAGGAUCCCUCGAGUCUACCUAGCAACCCACAGAAAAAGCAUGACACCCACGAGCUGAAAGGGGGAAGUAGCGAUGUGACUUUCAACGGGCCGGUGCGAAGACCGAUGGCAACGGUCACCCCGACUGAGCUACCAAGAAGAAAAGAGGUGGAGACAGAAACCAGAAACAACGGGACUUUGAUUGAUCUUUUCAACCUAUCAUCGACACCUGCCAGCAGUGUAGUCUCCGCCCCUCAACCAACAUCAUCGUCAGGUACAUUAUCCCCUCUGCAGUCUCAGAAUGACUUCUCAUUCGGUCACCCUGACUCAUCUUUCUCUUCGAUAAGACCCCUGUCCUUUGAUUCCCAAUCUCUCACCCCAACCCCUCCCACAUCAGAAACGAUGACUAAUUUCUGGAAUUCAUUCAUCAGCGAGAAACCUACCUCCAGUUCAUCCUCCCUGACAGGUUUCCUUGCUCCUGGUGGACAACUACCUCCCUACAUUCAGAGAAAAAACGUUUCUAAGACAGCUCUUCAGCCAACAGGUCGGCCAACCAUCCAGAAAGUCAAUUUAUCACCACCUUUCAGGAAUGGACAAACUCUUCAGACAGAGGACACACUGAGCCAUCCUAAGUCAAACCAACGACCCUCUUUGCACAGCCGGCCAACUCCUCUAGCGGAGCAGCCAAAGACAAAUCAUUCAUCGCUCCUACGCAGUGGGCCUACACCUCAGGCUGAGGACCUACAUGGCCAUCCGCGGCUUGCCAAAAGCCCGUCGUAUGAUAGGGAAAACCCCCCAUACGAAAGGGAGAACAAUCCCCAAAAAUUUCCUAGCUACCAAAUUCACGAUUCUCCUCCUAGAGCCAUAACGACGAGAGUCAAUAAGUUUAAGCCGAAGUUUCAAGAGACCCCCAAGCACUCAGAAAACGUGAACUGGUAUUUCAGUAACUAUAAUAAUUCGAACCUCGACCCAUAUGUUGGGCCGAAUUUUAAAAGAUCUGGUUCAAGAUGCAGCCAUAAUGAUUGGGUUGUGCUAAUUUUAAUGCUGUGCGUCUCAUACACUAUGAAUUGAAGAGUUACUAACAGGAGGUGACCAUCAUAUUUGCAGCUUACUUGUCAAUUUGCAAAACUUAAAGAUCAUACAAUUGGUUCCAAAAGCCGUUGAACUAUGAAAUGUUUACUGCUUUGAAUAUAAUUCUGUCUGGUUGCCAGCUACUUAAAAAUGUGACUUUGAGGUAAACAUAAGUAUUUUCAGACGAUAGUUGAAAUAAAGAGAAAGAUGAAAAGUCCCUCGCUUCAGUAGAGAAGAUCAAGAAUGAUCUCAAUCCCGGCAGGUAGUGUAUCUAUUCUUAGAAUUCAAAUACAUUCAAAUUUUGACUCUGUGGCGCAUAACAAUACUUUAGCCCUUUUACCCAGCAGCUCUUCUGAAAGUCCAUUUAAUGAUAGGAUCCAUUCAUCCAAAAGAAUCUUGGUAGAAGAGACGACCAUGCACUUACCAUAAAGUUAUGGUUGCAUAUGUAUCUACUGUUGCAGCAUCCCUAGUGGCAGGCUUCAAUUUAUUUACCUAUUUAUUUUUUUUAAAAAAAGUAAAGAAAAGAUAAGGGAUUACAUAACGGUGCGGCACAAUGAUUAUCUAACGAAAGUGGUCGAUUUUGGUCAAAAAUACCCAUUUUAAUUAUCUUGUUAUAUAAUGAACGAUGUGGUUGUUAUAUAAACAAUUCAUAAAUGAUAGUUAAAUGUUCCUGGUUUCUGGUAUGAAAUACCUGUCCUGAGAAGCGUAGGAAAAUGGAUUUCCUAAAUCAAACUAUUAAACACAUACCUAUGGAAAAAUGGGAAAAUUUAUUUCUCGUUUAUUUAUCACGUACACAUUGCAUUAUAUAAUAAUUUCUAGUAGCAUGUGGCCGCUUCGCGGCACGACGCGACGGUACCUGCUAAAGAGGUUGUCCCAUUUUCCAUAGGAAGUUCCAUAGAAAUUCAGGAAUCAUAACAUAUCAUCGGAGAAGCCUAAAUCCGGUGUCAUUUCUCGUCUAGCCCCCCAGGGGGAGGGGAAGCAGGGGGUCAAAGGUCAAACGCUCCGACCGCCAUAACGUUUGAACGAAUCGUCGCGUCGUAUCAACUUGAUCUUGGCCUCAAAUGAAAGCUCUUGACGAGACCUUUCAUUUGAUGUAUAGUAGUUCAGUUUUUCGGGGUUUGCUCUUAAUGAGAACGCAUGAAUCAUUACAAAAACCAAUUUAAAUGAAAGCCCUUGAUUCAAGCUUUAAAACGAGCUAUCGUUGAACUUGGGGAAAUGAAUGGUUCAAAAGUUAUGACCGCUCAAAGUUGGCGUGGCGCGCUAAUUUCGAAGCGCGCGUAGUGUAUACUCGCGUGCCACCCCUCCCUACCUAUCUCCCUGAGGCCCGCUUCAAUUGAUAACGGAUACAGAAAGGUCCAAAGCUUCUUUCACCUAAAGAAUGACCAGUCAUUAGUGUUAAAUUACUUUUAUUCCCAACGAAAAAGGGGAAAUAAAAAUAAAUAAAAUGCUAAUAAACGAUAAGACGCUGGUAUACAUUAUUUUUUCGCCCCCCCCCCUCAAUGAUUUAAUAUUUGAUGUAGCCAAAUCAAGCCUCUCAUCAUUACGGUAUCUGAUUAUUCCCAAGCAGGUAAAUCUUGAUGAGAGGGAAAUAGAUCGGAGAGAGAUGAGGGAGAGAUAUUCAGUAGUAAAUGCGAGUUUUAAGUGCUGGUCGGCUACUUGCGUACCAAACCCUAUGAAUAUUAUCUACAGCUUUUGAGUGUAUUUUGUGGUAAAAGCAGAUUGAUUUGGCUAUUAUAUAUUAAAUCAUGGAGGGGAGGGCGAAAAAAUAAUGUAUACCAGCGUCUUAUCGUUUAUUAGCAUUUAAUUUAUUUUUAUUUCCCCUUUUUCGUUAGGAAUAAAAGUAAUUUAACACUAAUGACUGGUCAUUCUUUAGGUGAAAGAAGCUUUGGACCUUUCUGUAUCCGUUAUCAACGGAAGCGGGCCCCAGGGGGAAAGGUAGGGAGGGGUGGCACGCGAGUAUACACUACGCGCGCUUCGAAAUUAGCGCGCCACGCCAACUUUGAGCGGUCAUAACUUUUGAACCAUUCAUUUCCCCAAGUUCAACGAUAGCUCGUUUUAAAGCUUGAAUCAAGGGCUUUCAUUUAAAUUGGUUUUUGUAAUGAUUCAUGCGUUCUCAUUAAGAGCAAACCCCGAAAAACUGAAUUUUUUGGGCUUGAAAAAUCAAAAAAUGAUUUUUUUUUACGUUGAAAAAUUAUCAAUAAUACACACUACUAUACAUCAAAUGAAAGGUCUCGUCAAGAGCUUUCAUUUGAGGCCAAGAUCAAGUUGAUACGACGCGACGAUUCGUUCAAAAGUUAUGGCGGUCGGAGCGUUUGACCUUUGACCCCCUGCUCCCCCUCCUCCUGGGGGGCUAGCCGAGAAAUGACACCGGAUUUAGGCUUCUCCGAUGAUACGUUAUGAUUACUGAAAGUAUGGAUGGAAUAGCUUUUGCGGCCAUUUCCUAUGGAGAAUGGGACAACCUCUUUGAACCGAAGGAUCGAAAAGUCACCUCAUCCUUCUUACAAAAUUAUUUUUAAGCUAUGUUACUCUAAAAUUUUCUUAUGAUUAAUCUCUUUCAAUAAUGAACUAUCGAUCAAACAUUUCAAAACCUCAGCAAUGGCCAUGUCAGUAAUCAAUGAGUUCAUUAAAGCACAAACUUUAAGGUAUUUAUAUAUUUUUCUCUCAAUAUGUUAACUCAAAAAUUGAUUGACCACUUAUCUACGUUGUAAAAUUUAAAACUGUCUUUUUUCAUUUUGAAUCCUUCCUUAAAGUGAGCAAUAAAUUUUCGCUUCUUAAAAA